ACAGCGCGGCAAGCUGAUCGAAGAAGAAGGAGAAGCGAAUCGCAGUGCCACAAAAACCUAAUUCAAAUUAGUGCUGACGUCGGCGAAUUGUUAAAUAACUGAUAGCAAAUCGCAGCGCGAUGGCUAACAAAGAGAACACCCGCAGUGUGGGCCAGCAGGUGAAGUGGAUCGGAAGCCAGGAGGUACAUCAGGCAGUGAAGGGUCUCGAGCACAAGAACGUCUACUUCUACCAGAAGUGCAUCUACGGACCGCUGACUUUGACCGUGGGCGACUUCAUCCUGGUGUCCAAUGCGGACGCAGUCGAACCGGACACAGUGAGCGGAUGCGACGUGGCCCGCAUCCUGCACAUGUACGAGCUGCGCGAGGUGACCGAUCGCGAAACCUGCCGCGCCAUCGUCCAGUGGUACUCCUGGCCAAAGGCCAUUCCGCACAACAAAUUCGACGACGACGACGUGGCCAUUGACUUCAGCCUGGAGGUGAUCGAGGAGCAUCGCCCGUACGACAACGACGUGGCUCUCGGCGCCAUCUACCGCAAGUGCAUCGUCCUGGAGGGCACCUCUCAGACCUCCGCGCAGGAGAUCCUCAGCCGCCACUCCGCCAAACUGAAGUCCACGGCCUGCCCCAUGUUUGUCAGCCGGUACAGGUUCGUCAAGGUGAAGCGAAGCUACCGCUUGAUUCCCUUGGAGAUACGACUGGAGCAGCCGGAGGAUACACCGCGUCCAUCUCGCAAAUCUCUAACAGCACACAAAGAAUCCAAGCGAUCAGGGUCUGCCCGGCAGAAUGGCGCAGCCGCGGAGGGUGGAGCCUCUGUGGAAAAGCGACGACGUGCCUCCGUGGCGGCUGCCAAUUCCGUGGAGUUCGUCGAUGUCAGCUACUUUAACUGCGAGAAUAAGGUGUCGCCUAUCAAAAUUGUGGGUGGACGCAGUGUGGUGCGGUUGUCGGAGAAGAAGAAGGACGCCCCUGAGAUCAAUGCCAACUAUCUUCCAGCUUCGCCGCUCACCGAGAAGAAUGCCAAGGUGGAGACACCCAAAUCCCGGGCUUCGGCCGCACGCCGCAACCUUAAUCUUAGCCUAGAUCGUGGAGCAGAUUCCACAGCCGGCUCAGACUGCCUGAAUUACUCGAUUGUACAGCAGACACCCGAUCCCAAGACGCCGUCCAAUGAUAUGAAGAUCAAGCUGCGCAUUUCCGAGCGAAGGCGUUCGGUGCGCCUCGCCUCUCUGGAUGCGGAUCCCCUAGCAAUAGAAGAACCAUCCGUGGAACCAACCAGUACCCCGGGGCGCAAACGUUUGGGCGUAACCAAUGGAGAUAUCUACCAUACGCCCACCAAGAAAUCCAAGGACCCACUGGAAGCAGCUGUGGCCACCGAACCCACGCAAUCAACAAGACGUAAGAGUAUCCUGAAGUCAGCCACCAGUCGUCUGGCUGAAGGCACGCCCAGACGUAGUAUUCAUCUGUCCAACAUUGUGGAGCAGCGCGUGUUUAAGGACGAUGAUAUUAUAUCCACUCCAAAAAGAGGGCGGGCCAAGAAAGUCAUUCAGGACGAGGACGAGGAAUACUCGCCAAAGAAGUCCGUUCAAAAGACGCCUACGCGAACGCGACGAUCAAGCACCACUAACAAACCAGCGACGACUCCCAGCAAAGGGACUACAACCACCACUGCAGCCCCGAUGACGCCCUCCCAGAAGAUGAAGAAGAUUCGGGCCGGCGAGCUAAGUCCCAGCAUGCAGCAGCGCACGGAUCGUCCGGCAAAGGACUCCAGCAAAUCGGAGCUGCAGCUGGCUCGCGAACAGCUUCACGUGUCUGUGGUGCCCAAAAGCUUGCCCUGCCGCGAGCGGGAGUUUGAGAACAUUUACGCCUUUCUGGAGGGAAAGAUCCAGGACCAGUGCGGCGGCUGCAUGUAUGUGUCUGGCGUUCCGGGAACUGGCAAAACAGCCACUGUGACCGGAGUCAUUCGCACCCUGCAGCGGCAGGCAAAUCAGAAUGAGCUGCCCGCCUUCGAAUUUCUAGAGAUCAACGGCAUGCGGUUGACAGAGCCGCGUCAGGCAUACGUGCAGAUCUACAAACAGCUCACGGGCAAGACUGUAUCCUGGGAACAGGCGCACUCCUUGCUGGAGAAACGAUUCACAACUCCGGCACCGCGUAGGGUUACCACUGUAUUACUGGUCGAUGAGCUGGAUAUCUUGUGCAACCGGCGACAGGAUGUCGUCUACAACCUGCUCGAUUGGCCCACCAAGUCGGCAGCCAAACUGGUGGUUGUCACCAUUGCCAACACCAUGGAUUUGCCUGAGCGCCUGCUAAUGGGUAAAGUCACCUCCCGUCUUGGACUCACCCGACUCACUUUCCAACCGUACAGCCACAAACAGCUACAGGAGAUCGUCACAGCCCGUUUGGGAGGAUCGGAGGCAUUUAAGGGCGAGGCCGUACAGCUCGUGGCGCGCAAGGUGGCCGCCGUAUCCGGUGAUGCUCGCCGAGCUCUGGACAUUUGUCGGCGGGCCACAGAAGUCGCUGAUACCGCUCAGGUCAAGUGCGUGACAAUGCUGCAUGUGCAGCAGGCAUUGGCCGAGAUGAUAGCCAGUGCAAAGGUGCAGGCUAUCAAGAACUGCUCGCGGCUUGAGCAGAUCUUUCUGCAGGCUGUUGCAUCGGAAGUUACGCGCACUGGUGUCGAAGAGACAACCUUCAUGGGCGUCUACCAGCAGGUGGAGACGAUAGCCGCCUUCAUGGGUGUGACUUUACCACCACCAGGACGUGCUCUUCGCUUGUGCGCUAAACUGGGAGCCGAGCGACUCAUCAUAAGCGAGCACUCCCGUAAUGAUCUCUUUCAGAAAAUUCUGCUCAACGUCAGUGCUGAUGACAUUCACUACGCACUCCGAGUUGGAGAGGUGGCCCACUGAAAGAGUAUCAUAAAACUAAAGGAGUGGAAUGAAAGCAAGAAAAAUUCAUAGGAAAUUUUACAAAAUCAUGUUGGUUUGAACUAUCAAAUUUAAACUUUUACCCCUCUCAUUUUUAAAUAAUCAAUUAUUAGUUAUACAUCCACAACAUUGUAAUAGAUUAAGCGUUUUUAAAUUAUUUCUUAUUUAAGCGUCAUGUUUAAACAAUUUAAAGUACAAACUCGUUACUAAAAAUACCAAAUAGAACACCAGCACAGUGUAA